GCCAACAAUUUUGACAGAACGCGAUUGGAAAAUAUUUUGCCAACCAGAAAAUCCGUGUUCUUUCCGGGUAGAUCUUCAAUAAAUCAUUGAAAUCGUACAUUAAACGAUACAUUGAAGCGAAACUCCCGUAAGCAUGGAUCAAAUGCUGCCGAGUCCGGGAUUCUCCAUCCCCAGCAUAGGCACCCCACUUCAUCAGCCUGAGGAAGAUCAACAGAUCCUCCCGAAUGCCUACCAGCAGCAGCAGCAGAUGCAACCAAUGGCAAGUUCUCUCAGCACCUUCGGAAGACAUACAGCGAGUGUCUCGGGCAUUGAGGCGCCGCCCCUGCUUCCGGCGCCCACUAAGAGCAUGCACUCCUUCACACCCAGCUACGUGACGCCGCAGAGUAUGAUGCAACCACAGACGCCGCAGAGUAUGAUAGCCUCGAUGACACCCCGGACGGAGAAUCGUGCCGAAAGUGUCAAUAUCCACCAAACGAUGGGGCCUGCCACGCCGAUGACCCCCAUGACACCCGGGCCAGCGGACUCGGGCAUCAUUCCUCAGCUGCAAAACAUUGUCUCGACAGUCAAUUUGAACUGCAAAUUGGAUUUGAAGAGAAUCGCCCUCCACGCGAGGAAUGCAGAGUACAAUCCAAAACGUUUUGCGGCUGUUAUUAUGCGCAUCAGAGAACCUCGCACCACAGCUUUGAUAUUCUCGUCUGGGAAGAUGGUGUGCACGGGAGCCAAGAGCGAGGAAGACUCUCGAUUAGCAGCCAGAAAGUAUGCGCGAAUAAUUCAAAAGCUGGGAUUCACAGCGAAAUUCCUGGACUUUAAAAUCCAGAAUAUGGUGGGAAGUUGUGAUGUUAAAUUUCCAAUCCGCUUGGAAGGCCUCGUACUGACACACUCCAAAUUCAGCUCCUACGAACCGGAACUGUUCCCUGGACUUAUCUACCGAAUGGUGAAGCCUAGAAUAGUGCUUCUGAUAUUCGUGUCUGGAAAAGUGGUGCUCACUGGGGCGAAAGUGCGCCAGGAGAUUUACGAUGCCUUUGAUAACAUCUACCCGAUUCUAAAGAGCUUCAAGAAGCAGUAAACGGCCACAAAUAUGCUUAAGAAUUAAGUCUUUGACCGAUUUCCACAUCUCUAAAAAUAAUUUUCAAGUAUUUGGGAAUACAUAGUUUUAAAUUCAUAACACUUGUACCAUUAAUGGAGAAAAAUGAUACAAACCA